AUGACUUCACGUGGAUACCAACUAUUUCCAACUCCCCAAGUAACCUCAAAACGACAUCCUCGUUUAAAGUUCUCGCGAGCCAAUCGCCUACUUUCGAGCAUCGCCUUUUUAAUGGAUGACCAGAACCUCAUGCUGAACGCAUUGGAACACGGCAAAGUGUUUCAAAACACAAAUUUUCCUGCAAGCACCACCCCACAUCUAUAUUCUGCUUUGACCUCUAUCAUCUUAGAGUUCCUUCCCUUGAAUAUAGUGUUUAGACUGCAACCUUCCUAUCGGCCUCCAUUCUCUACCGUCCGCUUUUCCGCUAAAAUAUCGGAUUCUUCAUCAUCAUUGGCCACGUCUCAAGUUCUGUUCGCUGAGAUUAGUCUCCGUGGGUUCACGCGUACUGUCUCCAAGCAGACCGUCUCGAAUGAGGACAUCCACGUAUCCCAAAUCACGACAUAUGUCGUCCUGAUGUUCCCGAUAUAUCUAUCGACGCUACCCGCACUGUAUCCUUUGUCCGCCGGCGACACCCCAUUUGAGGAAGUAAAUGAGCCAGUCCUCGAGAUGGCCCCCAUCCCAGAACUUCCGCGUCUCCGCUUUAGCCCUGAUAACAUUUGCUUGGAUAUCGUCAUGGAAGUCAAGACUUAUGACCACGAAGAGGACGUCACAUUACCAUUCUAUCUCUAUAUCGUUGCCACUUUAUCUGUUACUCUUGCACCAAUAUCGAGGGGAUCGACAUGCGACUCGAUUUUUGGAGUGGAUAUGGACGCUGACGAGGGUAUGGUUGAGGACAAGGGACAGAUAGGGUUCGGCAAUAGCGAGAGCGACAGUGAGUCUUCUUCAUCGCUGUCAUACACAGAAGAGGAGAAAACGAAUAGGAUGGCUUCAUAUGUAGCUUUAGUUGAGCUUCGCAAGCAAGAUUUAAGCCCGGUAAAACAAUAUACAUUCAGGGUUCCAAUCAGCCAUAUAACGGAGCGUCAAGUUCAAUGGACGGUGGCGGGGGCGGAGGAGGGAUUGGGUCUCGCAAAGGCAGACAGGGCGUUGACGAUAGCAAUUAAGUCACCUUGUGAUAUUGUAAGGCCUAAGAAGAGGGGGGUUCCCCAGCGUCUCACAACACUAUUUAUAUUAUAUAGCACCUCGGUCCCUCGGUCCACAAUACAUCACUUCUCUCAUAACUCAUGCCCUCUGCAAAGCUCCAGCCUUCCUCUAAAAUCCAACAUCCAUAACAUCUACAGCACUUCCUCCAAACUAGGAGUCAAUCCAAUCUUUGUACUAGUUCUGAUUCAACUUUUGCAUAAAUCACAACCCCAUGUACGCCAACGCACACCUCCCCGCUUAGUCAUCAACUCAAACUUCUCGUACUGCGAAGCCAUAUAUCUCGGUGUACCAUCCUUUGAUGUAAACAUUCCAAUUCGCACACGAAAUCAAUACACUCUCCUCCGCUCCCCUACACUCAAGCAUCCUAAUUUACUAAACACAAUACCCAAUUCCGGUGCGCGAAAUGCAACUACGACUACAAUGAUAUACUAUCUGCUUAUUAAACCUCCUACACCUUUCCUGCCACAGUCACAGAACAGGUCUAAGCCAAAAGGAGGCUUGGAGUUACACAACAAAUGUCAGCGGAAAUCGAGGCUUGUUGGAGCAUUAGCAGGCGUCAGCAGAAAGGAGCCUUCCCAGAGCCUUGCGAGAAGGCAGGGGGUUACUCUAUCGGUUAUCAAAGCAGAUAUGCUAAAUUUCCUAUAUAAGAUGAAGUGGAGCAUCUAUAGAAUGCAAAUGGUAUUGUAUCUAACGUUUCUAUUCCCUUGA